AUGAUAGCUUUCAUGAGCAUCGCCUUACUAGUUGCCCUGUUCCUGCUCAACUCAGAUCGCAUUCAGAAAGCUAUUGAGAUAUGCAGCGAAUGUUUGAUUCUGGCAAAUAACACCGAUCGAAACAGCAAAGACCAAUUUAAUUCACAACUGCAACAAUUUUACAGCGCUAUCUAUGAAGUUCUUUUCAGCGCUUAUCGUAGUAUCUCUGACUACAUAAGUGCGGAAAGAUACGGCAGGAAACUGCUUGUCUUAUGCAGCGAGUCUGGUGACUUAGAAAGAGAAGGAGAUGUAAGCUUAGCUCUUGCAGAGAUUUUUGAGAGUCAAAACAGGUUUACAGAUGCCAAACAACUUUAUGAAAAAGCAGUUGAUAUAAAGAGACAAACUGGUGAAAAAACUGACGAAGCAAGCGCCUGCCAAAGAUGCGGAGAUAUGUUUUAUAAACUUAACGAAUACCAAAAAGCGAAGGAGUAUGUUGAGAGAGCCCUUACCAUAAGAACCGAAAUUGGCGACAAAACAGGAGAAGCAUCCUGUUACGGAGCCCUAGGAGCGUUCCUUCAGUUGCUCGGUAACUGUGACAAGGCUAAAGAGUAUUUCCAAAAGGCACUUGUCAUCAAAACUGAAAUUGGCGACAUUAAAGGAGAGGCAUUAUGUUAUAGAAUCCUAGGUUCUGUGUUUCGGUCGCUCGGGCAAUACGACAAGGCUAAAGAGUAUCUCCAAAAAGCGCUUGUCAUCGCAACUGAAAUGGGUGACAGAGAAGGAGAGGCAUCAUGUUAUGGAAACCUAGGUUCUGUGUUUCAGAUUCUCGGGCAAAACGACAAGGCUGAAGAGUAUCUCCAAAAAGCGCUUGUCAUCACAACUGAAAUUAGCGACAGACAAGGAGAGGCAUCAUGUUAUGGAAACCUAGGAACUGUGUUUCAGUCGCGCGGGCAAUACGACAAGGCUAAAGAGUAUCUUCAAAAAGCGAUUGUCAUCACAACUGAAAUUGGCGACAGAGUAGGAGAGGCAUCAUGUUAUAGAACCCUUGGUUCUGUGUUUCGAUCGCUCGGGCAAUACGACAAGGCUAAAGAGUAUCUCCAAAAAGCGCUUGUCAUCGCAACUGAAAUGGGCGACAGAGUAGGAGAGGCAUCAUGUUAUAGAAUCCUAGGUUCUGUGUUUCGGUCGCUCGGGCAAUACCACAAGGCUAAAGAGUAUCUCCAAAAAGCGCUUGUCAUCGCAACUGAAAUGGGCGACAGAGUAGGAGAGGCAUCAUGUUAUAGAAUCCUAGGUUCUGUGUUUCGGUCGCUCGGGCAAUACCACAAGGCUAAAGAGUAUCUUCAAAAAGCGCUUGUCAUCGCAACUGAAAUGGGCGACAGAGUAGGAGAGGCAUCAUGUUAUGGAAACCUAGGUACUGUGUUUCAGUCGCUCGGGCACUACGACAAGGCUAAAGAGUAUUAUAAAAAGGCGUUUGUCAUCAAAUCUGAAAUUGGCGACAGACAAGGAGAGGCAUCAUGUUAUGGAAACCUUGGUACUGUCUUUCAGUCCCUCGGGCAAUACAACAAGGCUAUAGAGUAUCUCCAAAAAGCGGUUGUUAUCAGAAUUGAAAUUGGCGACAUUGAAGGAGAGGCAACUGACUACGGAAACCUGGGUACUGUGUUUCAGUUGCUCGGGCAAUACAACAAGGCCAUAGGGUAUCUUCAAAAAGCACUUGUCAUCACAACUGAAAUUGGCGACAGAAAAGGAGAGGCAUCAUGUUAUGGAAACCUAGGUUCUGUGUUUCAGGCGCUCGGGCAGUACGACAAGGCUAUAGAGUAUCUCCAAAAAGCGCUUUUCAUCACAACUGAAAUUGGCGACAGAGAAGGAGAGGCUUCAUGUAAUGGAAACCUAGGUUCUGUGUUUCAGUCGCUCGGGCAAUACGACAAGGCCAAAGAGUAUCUCCAAAAAGCGGUUGUUAUCAGAAGUGAAAUUGGCGACAUUAAUGGAGAGGCAGUUGACUACGGAAACCUGGGUAUUGUGUUUCAGUCGUGCGGGCAAUACGACAAGGCUACAGAGUAUCUCCAAAAAGCGCUUGUCAUUACAACUGAAAUUGGCGACAGAAAAGGAGAGGCAUCAUGUUAUGGAAACCUAGGUACUGUGUUUCAGGCGCUCGGGCAAUACGACAAGGCUAAAGAGUAUCUCCAAAAAGCGCUUGUCAUUACAACUGAAAUUGGCGACAGAAAAGGGGAGGCAUCAUGUUAUGGAAACCUAGGUACUGUCUUUCAGUCACUCGGGCAAUACGACAAGGCUAAAGAACAUUUCCAUAAAGCCCUUGUCAUCAGAACUGAAAUUGGCGACAGAGAAGGAGAAGCAUUAUGUUAUGUAAACCUAGGUACUGUGUUUCAGUUUCUCGGGCAAAACGACAAGGCUAUGGAGUAUCAUAAAAAAGCGUUCGUCAUCACAACUGAAAUUGGCGACAGAAAAGGAGAGGCAUUAUGUUAUGGAAACCUAGGAGCUGUGUUUCAGGUGCUCGGGCAGUACGACAAGGCUAUAGAGUAUCUCCAAAAAGCGCUUGUCAUCACAACUGAAAUUGGCGACAGAAAAGGAGAGGCAUUUUGUUACGGAAAUCUAGGUACUGUGUUUCAUUAUCUUGGACAAUGCGACAAGGCUAUAGAGUAUCAUAAGAAAGUGGUCGUCAUCACAACUGAAAUUGGCGACAGACAAGGAGAGGCAUCAUGUUAUGGAAACCUUGGUACUGUCUUUCAGUCCCUCGGGCAAUACAACAAGGCUAUAGAGUAUCUCCAAAAAGCGGUUGUUAUCAGAAUUGAAAUUGGCGACAUUGAAGGAGAGGCAACUGACUACGGAAACCUAGGUACAGUGUUUCAGUUGCUCGGGAAAUACGAGAAGGCUAAAGAGUAUCUCCAAAAAGCGCUUAAUAUCAGCGCUGAAAUUGGUGAUGAGGAAAAGAAAGCAGCACAUCUUGCAAUCCUUGGAAGUUUCUAUAGAAUGUUUGGAGAUUAUGAAGCUUCGGAGGUAUGCUUGGAGAAAGCUUUAUCCAUAUCCAGAGAUAUUGGAGAUAGAAGAAUGGUGUUCAAAAUCCUUCAAGAAUACGCCGUUUUGUAUUUAUUACAAGAGAAAACCACUGACUCCCUUUACUUUCUUCAACUGUGCAUUGAAAAGUACGAGGAGCUGAGAUAUUUCUUGGGCGCCAAUGAUCAGUUCAAAACAUCAUUUCUGGAGAACUCAGGAAUAUUUCCAUACAAGCUGCUUUGUACUCUGCUUUGUUACACUGGAAAAAUUCGUGAUGCUCUUUAUGUUGAGGAGUUGAGUCGAGCUAGAGGUCUAUCAGACUUGAUGGCAGAGAAGUACUCCGUUGAAAUGAACACCUCUGCUAAUCCACAAUCUUGGUUUGGCAUUGAAAACAUUUUUAGAAAGAGAAAUAACUGUACUUGUCUGUACAUUUCUUAUUUUCAGAAUCAUCUGCAUUUGUGGAUCUUGAAAACAAGUGGAGUCCUUCACCAUAGAAGAAUAUCACUAGAAGAGAAUCUAGUUCAGGCUGGGUUGCCCAAAGAUUUGCCUUUGAGUAAAUUUUUGGCUGAUAAUUUCCGGAGUCUUGGUAUUUUGCCCAUUGAAGAUUGUGAAGAUCGGUCUUUAAAUAUGGUUGAAUUGCAACCUCUCUCCCCCCAACAAAAGAGGUCAGAAAGAUUGCGACUCGUGGAGGAGGACGAGAGAGUCAUUUCAAGUCUACCUUUGUGUUACAAAAUGUUUAUUGCCCCCGUUUAUGAUCUGAUUGAUGAGCCUGAAGUCAUUAUUGUUCCUGACCGCAGUUUGUACAAAGUUCCCUUUGCUGCCCUGAGUGAGAUGGAGGGAGCCCAAUACCUGUCGGAGACUCAUAGGAUCCGUGUUAUUCCUUCUCUGACGACACUCAAGAUGAUUCAAGAUAGUCCAGAGGACUAUCACAGCAACACUGGUGCCUUGAUAAUAGGCAAUCCCGAGGUUGAUCGGCUGCCGUCAUUGCCAGGUGCAAGAAAAGAAGCGGAGAUGGUCGGACGAUUAGUGGGUGUUCCGCCUCUGCUAGAAAAGGAAGCAACGAAGCAGGCGGUGCUUGAGCGGAUAAGUUCAGUGAGCCUGAUACAUAUUGCUGCUCAUGGUAACGCCGAGAGGGGAGAAAUUGCCCUCUCCCCCAUUCCUACUCCCAACAAUCGAAACGCUGUCCCACCACAGGAAGCUUACAUGUUGACGAUGGCUGAUGUCUCACGAGUGAAAGUCAGAGCUAAACUGGUGGUACUUAGCUGCUGUCACAGUGGAAGUGGAGAGAUAAGAGCCGAGGGAGUUAUAGGAAUUGCCCGUGCGUUCUUAGGAUCUGGUGCUCGCUCGGUGCUGGUUGCGCUGUGGGCCAUUCCAGACUCAGCAACAGAGAAGCUAAUGAGUCGGUUUUACGAACACCUUGUUAAUGGAGAAAGUGCCAGUGAAUCCCUUCAUCAGGCCAUGAAGUGGAUGAGAAAAAACGGCUUGACCAAUGUGUCUGAGUGGGCUUCGUUUACGCUGAUUGGAGAUGAUGUGAGACUCAAGUUUGACAUGCAGAGGUAA